GUUAAUGCGAACAUUUGACUGCUUGCCCAGUGAUCAGCCCGGGGCGUGGUUCUCUUCCUCAACUGAGUUGGGAGGGCUUUUCCUCCAUUAGGUUAGCCCGACACAGCGUAAGCAAAGCGAGCAGAGUCCAUAGACAGCCGCAGCGGGUUUGGGCUUGGGGCUCCUUGUAACUGACUACGUUAGGAGGUGACUAGCCUUGGGCCUCUUCCUAUGGGUGGCCUUCAGUGGGCUAGGUCAGCGGGAACACAGGCGUGCUCUCACAGUCCAGAGCUCCUCCGUAAUCCAGCGCCGCCGCUCGUUCGCCGGCCGCUUAUAGUUGACUGAUUGACUCGAUCGGUAAAAUAUGAAGCGGUCUACUAUCCUUGGAGGGCGAGCCCUCAUCAAUUUCCCACGGGAAAACUUAAAACAUAUUAAUUUGUAUCCGU